AUGCCGGCGAUAGUAGAAGCAAUAACGGGCCAAUCAGGGCUGGCUCUGGGGAACAUCGAAACCACAGCUACACAUGCGCAGCGUGAUGUCGCAAACGUCGUUGCGUCGCUCGUACGACGGUUAAACAUACCAUACAACAGCACAAGUCCAUCAGGAUUGAUAGAAGCCAACACAUUGGACCCUUGGAACAAGAGUGGCAAAUACGCUCUUGCCUUUGUCUACUUCUGCAUACCGCUACUCACCAUCGCUGCGCUGCUGCGCUACUAUCACCUGUUCACGGAUAAGAUCCGGACCGCGCUACACCAAGAAGAGGUAUUACAAUCCUCGGCGACAUCCUCCCCCGAUACAGACUACGAGAUGUCAGUUCUCUAUACUGACAAGUCUACUAUGAAGUUCUUCCCUCGAGAAGGCCCAUUGCCAAGUGGGCCAAAGACACAGUCCAGUGUGUCGUCAGUCAGGCCAAUCAAUAACUUGGUGGCCCUUUUUCGUUUCAUUUUCUAUCGACCAGUUCGACAGAUCAACAUCCGCAAAGGCUGGAGGCCACUGGUGUUUCCUUCAUUGAGCGUCAUUGUCAUCGUACUGUUGGCCUUUGCGGUAGGGAUACUCUACUGCUGUUUACCCCAGCCCCUGUUCUGGCAGAGCAUCGCCUAUGGAUCGCCACCACUUGCCGUUCGUGCUGGCAUGAUGGCAGUCGCCUUGCUACCAUGGAUCGUUGCGCUCUCAAUGAAGGCCAACCUGAUCACAAUAGUGACUGGUAUCAGCCACGAGCGGCUGAAUGUGUUGCACAGGUGGGCGGCCUACUUGUGCCUUGUGCUUAGCAUCUUGCAUACCGUACCCUUCUACGUCACUCCAAUCUGGGAGAAAGGCGCUCGAAAAGUCUUCGAAAGCUUCUUCCAGCAGAGCGGCUUCUAUGCCUACGGUACUGGUAUCGCCGCUUUCGUGCCGCUAUGCUUCCUGUGCACGCACUCGAUCGCGCCGCUUCGCCAUCGGAUGUAUGAGCUCUUCGUAGCCCUCCAUGUACCUGUCGCUAUGGUCUUCCUCGGCAUGAUGUUUUGGCAUUGCAACAACUACCUCACUUCCUGGCACUACCUUUUCUCCACCCUCGGCAUCUGGAUAUCUUCGUACUUCAUGCGCUUGUUCUUUUUGAACUGGUCGAACCCGUUCCGGUUAUCGUGGCUCAUCGGAGACGAAGCAGCUGUAACACUCAUGCCGGAGAAUGCUGUCAAGAUCACGAUCCCCACCCAGACCAAGUGGAGACCUGGGCAGUAUGUCUACCUCCGGAUGCCCGGUAUCUCAGUAUUCGAGAACCAUCCCUUCACCAUCGCAUCGCUGUGCGACGAUGACUUCCCCUCGGAGUACGGGGAGGGCUACAGAGACAUGGUCCUUGUCUUUAGACCGUUCGGUGGCUUCACGAAGAAGGUGGUCGAAAGCGCGUUGACACACGGUCCGUGGCACACAUACCGUGCCUUUGUAGAUGGACCAUACGGUGGCAUGCAACGGCGCAUCGAAGCAUUCGACGAUGUCGUGCUUAUCGCUGGAGGCAGUGGCAUCACCGCGAUCAUCUCGCAGCUUCUCUGCCUCAUCAAGAAGAUGCGCGACGGCAAAGCUGUCACGCGCAAGAUCCACGUCAUCUGGGCACUGAAGCGUCCCGAGACGAUGGAAUGGUUCAAAGAAGAACUGCGCAUCUGCCGCGAGUUUGCGCCUCCAGAGAGCGUAGAAUGCCAAUUCUACAUCACCGCAGCGAAACGAGUCGUAGGCGGAGGACUCGUCAGCGCAAAGACACCAACACGGCCUGUGUCGAUGUUCUUCCACGACAAAGUCAACGAUGCCUUCCAGAACUUUGCAGACCACCGCCUCUCCGGCAUAUCUGGCAUCUCCUCGAAGCGUCACUCGGCCCUGAUCCGUGACGAAGCCCAAGGCGACCCGGAGAAGGAAAACGAACUACGCCGCGAGAACGAAGACCACAUCACCGCGCUCCCCCAAGCACACGUGAGACACCUCGCGCCUCCCCGACCAAGCUACCAGAGCAGCUACUCGGACACAUCAUCAAACCACGACAUAAUCUCGCCCGCGCCCGAACCCACGACGGCACGCCGCACGGACCGCAAUCUCUCGCUCGACAUCUCGCAAGCCAUCAAAUCCAACGCAGCCGCCAUAAACCCAGACAUGUACGACCCAGGCGAGCCCUCCAACGUGCAGGGUUUCGACUUCGGCUUUCCCUCGACCCCCACCGAGUUCCAGAAGAACCUGAUGCGCUUCGCCUUCCUCCCUGCGGCCGUCAAGAAGAAGGACGGCUGGAGCACAGAGUACGGACGUCCGGAUAUUCCGUUCCUGCUCAAGGGGCUGAGCAAGGGCUUUGGACGCCGCACCUGCGUCUUCAUCUGCGGUCCGCCUGGUAUGCGCGUCAGCGUUAGCGAGACGGUCGCAGAUCUGCAGCGGAGCGUGUGGAGCGACGGCGAGCGGGACGAGAUCUUCCUACAUGCCGAGAACUAUGCGCUGUAG